AAUAUUCAUGACUUUUGGACUUUGGUGUCACUUUUUUUGAUCUCCUACCUUUCUUGAAUGUUUCUAAUAUACUCUUAUUUUGUCUCUCUUUCUUAUUCUUCUUCUCUCACAUUUAUUAUUUUUAAUUUUCUAAAUUCAAAGAAAAGAAAAUUCCAACACCCAACGACCACCGUCCACCGCCAUAGGACAGAAUCAUACAGUUAGCAUACAGAAUGCUUGGGUGGCGGGAAACCCUAAUUGUAGCUAUAGUUUCCGGAAUCCUAAUUAUAGCCGUCGUUAUACUACUAAUCCGACGAUGUUUCUUUACAGGGAAGAAAAUUACUGUUUCAAAUCAUCAUCAUCAUCAUCAUCAAGACACAAGGACGAACUCGAUACAAACUGAAUCAAUCAUCAAAAAACGCCCAAAUUACCAAUUAUUCGGGAGAGGUUUAUCCACAAAAUCAAUUUUCAAUUGGACUGAUCAUCCAGCGUUGAUUAGAGACGCUGUUGAAAAUGGAUGGUCUAGAUUUGCUUUUACUACCUAUGCACCAUAUCCGACCAUGAAAUCGUCUUUGUUCAGUAGUUUACGUGUAACAGGGGAUAAUUAUACGCAGAAUAGAGAAAUUCACAAUGAAGUAGAGGAGAGUUGGGAAAUAGGUACGGAUUCAGUAGAUUUCAUGCAAAAAUUACACUUCAAAAUCAAUAGUAGAAUAAUUCCUUCAAAUUAUUCGGUUGCGCAAUCGACGAUCCGAAUGGGUUUACCUUUACCCGGGCCGCCAGUAGUGGAUUCGUUUCCUCAAGAAGCGUAUUUUGAGAUUAUGGUGGUGAAUACUAGUGAAGAAAGUGGAAGAAAAAGUGAUGGACAUGGGGAGAAGGCGAAGUUGUUGUUUAAGCAGAGUAAUUCUUCUUCUGUUGUAACUUCGAGGGUUAAUGGCGGUGAAGGUUUUUUCCAUGUUAGUAGUAGUCGUGGGUCUCCCUUGUUGGAAGAGCUGAAGAUUAGUAGAAGAGGUGAUGCUGGACCCGGAUCCGGAGCCGGACCCGGACCCGGACCCGGACCUGGUAUCAAGAUGUCUAUUGGGUUUACGGUUGGUGGGUAUGUGACGAAUAGGAUUCCUGGAACUUAUCCUGGUUCCAUUGGUUUCAAUUCUGAUGGCUCUGUUUUUCUUGCUGGUAUGAAACUAGUAUUCGAAUCAGAAAAGGAAGACUGGGCCAAAACAGGAAAGGUAAUUGGGUGUGGAUUUGAUCCCAAGAAAAAGAAGGUAUACUUCACAGUUAACUCAGAACUAAUACAUGUCAUACACUGCAAAUCAGAGGAUUUUGGGAUGCCCUUAUACCCAAUUCUUGCAACAAACAUAGACAUUACUAUACUUAUUAACUUAGGCCAAUCCAGGUUCUCUUAUUCCCCAUCUAAUGCCCACAGGACUCCUAAUCCGUGCUUUAUAGGCCCUCUCGUGAAUGCUCAUGCUAGCGCAACUUCGCCCACCUUAGGCCGUGAAGACAGCCAAGAGCUGUUCUCGAUGGGUCGAAUCGAUGCUGAAUGGCUCAGUCAUAGUUCUACGGUUCGUAGUACUGUUAGCAAUGGUAGUGACUUUUUCAUUCUUAACACUAGGAGUAAUCACAACAAGGUGGGUGAAUAUGAGGAGGAAAAUGAGUCUGAAUUCUUUGAAAUUGUUUUGGAUAGUACUUGACUUGUGUGACGGGCGGGUGGAUUUAACAGUUUUUGGUAUGUUUGAGUCCAUAUUUUUGUCGGGUUUAUUUUUGUUUGGACUCGACUUGACCAACAGAUGAUCGAUUGUACAAGGUUAGAUGGUAUAGUGAAGUGACUUUGUAUGAAGUGGAUGUUGGAAGAGAGGGAAAAAUUAGGAGGAAGCUUUUUAUUUCCUCUGGAAUUACAUGUGUUAUUUUUCUAAUAGUGUAUAUUACAAUAAGGAGUGUAGGGGAUAACAUGUAGUAUCUUAUGAGGGUGAGAGGGACUGUCAUCCUAACCUUGUAAAGAAUUUUAAAAAUUUAGGAGUAUUUAUGCAUGGUGAAAAUAAACUUGAUUAUAUGUAUAAUUUGAUAGUACAUAGUUAUUAGUUAUUUUGUUUUAAAAAUACCUAUUGAAAUCAUUUAUAUAAAUACUGGUAAAUUGCUGAUUUUCCAAGCUGAAACUAUUUAAUAAAUAAUAUUACUAUUUUUGGGUGGGAUUUAAAUAGUAUUUCCUUAGUCUAUCAAAAAACUAUCACAUUGAAAACCACAAUGUAACAAUAUAAACUAAUAAAUUAACUCUAAUGAUCGUCUUUAUGAAUUUUUCUCUUCAACCUUUCGAUUUAUAACCGUUUCAACCUAUAAUUUUAAAUUUUCACUUAUACCUUUUCGACUCUCGAUAAUAUUUAAUUUUUAUCACUUUAUUUUAAAGUUCU